GGAGGAGUCGCUGCGGUGCAGUGUCAGACGAGGGAAGACACACACACACACACACAUCCUGCAGGACUUGGUACGGUGUAACAUGGAGCAAUUUGCCACAGUUUGAGUUUACCUGCAGAACAGACACUCUCACGCACUUUACUUCACAUUUUUUGUAGCGGCGGACCUCUUUCUAUCAGCGGCAGCCAGUGUGCCAGUAAAAUGAGGCUCCCACUGUACUGACCCACAGCAAAUCAACAAAUCACAACACUGGACAACUGACAGGGCUGCAGCCUGGAUGUGAUACUGGGUGAAGGAGAGAGUUGGUGACCCUGCUUUGGUGUGCCAUGUGUGGAUCUGCCCUGCCGCGAUGCCUGCUGCUCUGGAUAGUGGCAGUGACUGUCUCCAGAACACAAGGUGAGGUCAUGGCUCCAGCCAGUCUCAAUGCGGUGGAGGGUCAUCCCAUCACACUGGGUUGUAACAUCACCAUGGGAACGAACUAUGAUGUGCGGCAGGUGCGCUGGCUCGACAUGCACAGCAAGGUACUGCUGGCCUAUGAGCCGGGCGAGCCGGCCCACAUCACCACACGCCUGCCCAACGUGGAGCUCACCCCGUCCCAGUACGACACCAGCUCCAUCACCAUCAAGAGCGCGCGGCCCAGCGACCAGGGCUGCUACCGCUGCAUCUUCGAUGUUUACCCAAGUGGGGCACAAGAGGGGAAGACCUGCCUCAGUGUCACCGUAAAAGCGGGUAUGGAGGGUAACAAGACGGUGGUGAGCGGGAAGCAGGCCACUCUGUCCUGCUGGUACAAACUCCCGGAGCGGGUGCGCCAGGUGCUGUGGAGGAAGACGGCAGAGCAGGGCGACACCACCACCGUGGCCUCGUACGCCAAGCAGGGCCAGCCGAUCGUGGAGGAGCCGUUCAAAGGUCGGGUGAGCCUGAGCCGCUCGCUGGGAGACACCCAGCUGACCAUCCAGCAGGUCAGGACGGAGGACGAGGCCUGCUACACCUGCGAGUUCCACACCUACCCAGAAGGCACCAGGAGUGCCACCGCCUGCCUCUCUGUUUACGUUUUACCCAAACCAGAGGUGAUCUACACGACCUCGUCCUCAGGGGUGGUCGAGGCCAACUGCACCACCCAGUCUCGGCCUGCGGCAGAGAUCACGUGGAACGUCGAGGGGGACAACCGAACGCUGGGGCCCCCCAUCUCUUCCUCCUACGAGCAGGGGGACGGCACCACACUGGUGACGAGCACGCUGUUCUUCCAAUCAGGGGCGCUCAACGAGCGGUCCCUCAGGUGCAUCGUGCACCACGAGGGCCUGGAGAAACCCAUCUCAGUGUCAGCACUCAGCACACGGAUGAGUCCAGCCAUGGUUAUCCUCAUCUCAGUGUGCGGUGUAGCAGCCGUCCUCCUGCUGUGCCUGUGUGUGUGUUUCUGCAAGUGUUUCAUCUGCACCAAUGACUAGCUGAUUCCAGCCCAGCGGACAUGCCUGCCUUGAUGCGGGUCCAGCAGCGCUCAGGCUGACCUAGCUGCUCACCACCAUGCCCGGCAGCUCGCUGGAGACAAGCACAAAUGAAGGGAACAGAACUAUUGCAGAGCUGAUAAACACCGUUGUUUCUGGUUCUCAGAUUUGGGAAGACAAGUUAGUGUGGACUCAUUUAUCAUAGGGUAAACAAAACUAAAAUGACUUUAAAAAAAAAAAAAUACUGCUAGAUAUGUCACUCUGAAGAUUAAUGAAGUCUGUGUGAUGAAUAGAGGCUUUGCAUUGUAUCACAGAUCUCCUAAAAAAUGUCUCUGGCAAUUCAAUAAUGUCGCAAGUAAAGGUGAAUAUGAUGAGGUAGAUUUGUUCCAAAAAAUUUAGGCUACAGUGACACUGAAAACUGAUGUCUUUAGCCAGCUGGUUCCUUCUCCAAAACACAGAGUUGUAGCCUGAAAAGAGUCACAUGCGCGGUAAUUUACUGGUAGCUAACACAAAAUCAUCCAGGAGUGUCAGCGGGGCAGUUAUCAGCUCCCUGUUGUGUACGUGUGUGUGUGUGUGUGUCAUUUUUUAAGGCAGCCAGGUUGUAGUUUUAGAAACACUACUAUAGCAACUGUUGUCCAAGUGUAGGGGUCCUCCAGUGUGGCCACCAGAGGGUGUGUUAUGUCAACUUUAAGUCCUCUUUAUCCAUGGUUUUGUUUUGAGGUAACACAUGCCACCAUCUUGAGCAAUUAAGAGAUAUGUGAGCUUUCCAAGUUUGUCAGUUUGGAAUAAAAAGCACAAGUCACUUGUGUUGUUAACAUCAUGUAGAGUUAGCAAAUCCUGAGUUUCCAAGUGGUAAAUAGUAAUUUAUGUGUAGGGAGAGGAUGUGCUUACUUUUGCAACAAUGUAACAUAAACACAGUAUUAGACAGAGCCUCUGAUGCCAAUGUGGAUGGUAGAUAUAACAUCGCCCUUCAGGUUUUUUGGACAUAGAAACACUAACUGGGAGAUGAUGAACAGUCAACUUGUGAGUCUCAAUGAGGCGAGACUUCUAAAUGGGACAAGAGCUUUCUGUAAACUGUGAAAUAGACAAACUUUAUAAUUACAGGAACAGCUCUCAGAUUUGAACGAUGAUCACAAAUUACAGGACAGCUAACAGCAAACAAGCAGGGAAAGGAUAAAAUUUGAAUUCUAGUGAACAAGCCCGUUGUGAGUAAGAUUUAAGGGAUGGUUUGAGUGGGUUUGUUAUUUUAAGCUGCCAUGUUGGUGCUCUCCCCUCUGUUAUUGGAGGGAGCAAGAGCAGGGAAGGGUGGUCUGCCCGUAACCUUCACACACCCGCUGGUUAACACUGCCCAAAAUGACUUCUCUGGGGGUAAACUCUGUUUAUGCCUUUGUGAAUCACAGUUUGUGAGUUUAUGUGUACGCUGUGGGCGUUUCUGUUUGUCUUUUUCUGUGUGAAUGUGUGUGUGUGUGUGUGUGUGUGUGUGUGUGUGUAUUUUCUUAAAAGAGAAGUGAGAUUGAGAGUGUGUGGGUGUGAUGUAAUAUAUUUCUUGACUUACAGCACUGAACUUUAGGGAGCACCAGUGUUAAAAAUGUAACUUCUUUUUGCAGACUUGGGAAAAUAUUAAUAUAAUGUUGUGUACCAUGUACAUCAUAGCUCGAUUCUGUAGAAGACCUCGUUUAUAGGAACAAAUAUCAUGUAUUUUAAUAAUAAUUAAACAUAACUGUUGGCAGUGGAUUGUUACAACUGUUCUCUGAGACUAUCAAGCUUCAACACCCAAGACCACUGAGAGAAAUGAAAAUAUUUAAGUCUUGAUAAAUGCCUAAUAUUGAAAUGCAACCUUGGUUUAGAGACAGUCACAAAAACGUCAGCGUUCACAGCCCUAGGUGCUGAAGCCACAUGGAAAGUUACACCUUGCCACCUAUAUUAACUAUGUCCUGUUUUGCACUGCACCCUUUCACCUUCUGACAGUUCAUUUCUUUUCAGUUUAAAUAAUCCUGUCGUCAGUAACAGUGUUUUAUUAUUUUUUUAUUAGUCAUAUUAAAGAUUGUAGUGGCUAAAGAAGCUGAAGAAGAGUUUCUUGCAUGAAAUGAGUUAAAGGUGAAGAGCUUGAUAUGUGUUGGAACAAAUAAAACCUGAGACUUUA